AUGGGAGCCAACGCAUCGACGGAGAGUGGCUCAGGAUCGACCGGCUCAGGCCAGCGGAAACCCGGAGCUCCGCUCGAUCAUUACGAGGGUCGGUCAUCCUCCUUCGCGGUCACGUGGAUCGGGUUCGGCCCCCCAUUCUGACGGGUGUACUUUGACGGGCUUCUGACAUGAAAAACGUUUCUGUUGCAUCAAACUAUUGACCGUUGACGACCACAGUCCUAGGCAUCUCGACCGAAUCGACCUCGGACGAGAUCAAGAAAGCGUAAGUUGUCCCUUCCAAAACCCACCCUGACUCGACAUCGGAUCGCCGGACCCCCACUAACCCUUUCCUCUCCUUCCAGUUUCCGCAAAGCCGCCCUCCGUGAACACCCCGACAAGAACCCCCACGAUAUAGAAGGGUCCACGAAACGGUUCGCGAUCAUUCAAGCUGCUUAUGAGGUGCUUUCGGAUGAACAAGAGAGGGCUUGGUACGAUGAUCAUCGUGAGCAGAUUUUGAACGGUGGACAGGCGGGUGAGGGACCCCAAGGUGCGUUUUUCAAAUUCGAGCGGUCAAGAGAGAAUGAACAUGAUGAAGGAGUUGAAGACUACUUACUGACCCUGCGAUCCCCUCCCCUCGUUUUCAGACCUAGCAGCCGAAGCCUCCUAUUUCGACUCGCUCCGGCGAGGAGGCGGCACCAGCGUUCCUAAACCCCGGUCCGCGUCCACCCGAGGCGUCACGAUCCCCCAACUCAUGAAAUUCUUCACCACCUCUUCCUGGUCCGGUUUUGACGAAUCCCCGACCGGAUUCUACACGACCUUCCGAACGUUAUUCGCUCUCAUCGCUUCGGAGGAAAACGCUUUACGAUCCACUUAUACGUAUCCGACCUUCGGCACAAACGAAUCGGAUUAUGAGAGUGUGGUCAAAAAGUUCUAUACGGGAUGGUUGGAUUUCGCUACGGAGAAGGAGUUUGGGUGGUUGGAUCAAUACAAACUCGAGGAAGGGAUGGAGAGGAGGAUGAAGAGGGCGAUCGAGCAGGAGAACAAGAGGCUACGACAGGGAGGCAGGAGGGAGUACAAUGAGACCGUUAGGGUGAGUACGGGGAUCGCACCUCUUCGUUUUAAGCCUGUGGACGUGCGAAGACGUUGAGUUCGUCGCAAUCGUACCUUCGCAGAACUUGGUCCUCUACGUCCGUCGUCGCGACCCAAGGUGGCAGGCCGGUCAAUCGACCCUAUCCCCCGAAGCACAACGCGCCGCCGAACUCGCCAAAAUACGGGCCGACCUCCUCCUCGCAGCGAAAGAACGUGCUUUGGAGAAUGAACAGCUCGCAGCGCAGUACCAAGCUCAGGAAUGGCAGAAGGGCAAUGACGAGGUGUUCAAACAAUGGGAGGAGAGGAGUGAAGGAGACGGGGGGAGUGAGGAGGGGGAAAAUGAGGAUGAACAGUGGUGUGUGGUUUGUGGGAAGGGUUUCAUGAGUGGUGGGGCUUGGGAGAAUCAUGAGAGGAGUAGGAAGCAUCAGAAGAAUUUGGAGAGGUAUGUUUGACGAUCUUGCGUGGUAGGAUUCUACGCUCGAUAGACGCUGACAGAGUUUCUUCGGCGAGUCUUGAUGCAGACUUAUCAAGGAGAUGCAAGAAGAGGACGCGGCCUUGGGACUAGGGCGGGCAGACGAAGCCGGACAAGAAGAUGUCGGAGAGGAAAAAGACCUCGAUGACGACGAAGGCGAAGAUGUGGACCCCCCUCCCAUCGCAUCGACCUCGCGUUCCCCAUCGCCGACAUCCUCUCUCGCCGAAGAUGUCGCCGCCUUCAACCUCGCGAGCACAAACGAUUCGAAAGCGGAUGAUGAAGUUCCCCUCCCUACAAAGGGGAAGAAGAAGAAACGACGGAAAGCUGCGACAGCCACCUCAUUGGACGAGAUCAUCUUGGACGAGCCGGAUUUGGAUACGUUAGGGAUCGCGAAGAAGAGCAAGAAGGGGAAGAAGAACGGACAGUCUGGGAUAUCGACACCGAUCCAGAUGGACGCGACAUCGGAUCUCGAGGAGGAUCAAGCACUUGGGAAACAAGUCAAAGAGGGAUUACUACCUAGCGGUGGAAAAAAUCAAGAAGGGCGAAGGGAAAGGGGAAAGGGGAAAGAGGCUAAAGGAUCGGGCUUCAGUACACCUGCUGAGGGAGGGGGGAAGAGUACCCCGACUGAGUCAAGAGGCGCGAAGGAGGAUCUGGAACUGGCCAUGGAGAUGAGUAAGAAGGAUAAGAGGAGGUUGAAGGAGGCGGCGAAGAAGGCCGGGACGGGGACUGAGGAGGUGAGCGACUCCUGGGUCUCAGAUCUUGUUAAUGUUGGAAAGAUGGCUGAUGUGGAUUACCUUUUCCCAUUGAGAACAGAAGUGCCACGUCUGUUCCGUGGCCUUCCCAUCUCGGACGAAGCUCUUCGACCAUAUCAAAGUCACAGGUCACGCUCUCGCCGAAGGUCCAACCCCAACAGGGAAAACAAAUUCCAAGAAGAAGAACAAGAGGUGA